CGGUCUGUGAAUAAGACACAACAAGUGUGGGGUGUGGACUCAUUCUUCACCACACCACCAUUUACAUACACUCAGAAUUCAAAGACAAUAGGAAAACCAACCAAACAUAAUCGAUGGCAAUUCUGAACUACUAUCUCUCAGUGACCUCCACAGCAACACCCAUUUCUCCGGACUCAUCAUCAGCAAGCCAACCCGUGCCCGACCCGAGACAGAGCAAGAUCCUACUGCCCAAGAAGAAGCCCCAGAAAUGGUCCACUGGGAUGGCUCCCGGCGAGUACGGUGGCCCACCAACCACCACGAAGCUCCGCAAGUACUGGGGAGGCGAUGUGGACCCUCUUGAAUCCGAUGACUUCAUGUGGAACAAAGAAUUCGUGGACCGCAUGAAGAAACUCAUUCAGGGCCCUGAUGACACUUCCACCCAAGUUGCUCCUGCCAAGGAAGUGCCUUCUGGGUUUCUUAGCUUGAAUAGGGUCAUGAGUCUCGACAGUCUAGAAGUUGAUUUGAGCAAACAACUCACAGCUUCUCCUGCCCAGCCUGAGUUACAACAGCAUGUUGAGGCUACACCGCAAAGUUUGAAAAGCACUGCUAUUAAAUGGAGACAUGCACCAACACGACGUGAGCAAGAUAAAUGGGCCAGAGCAACUAAGGCUGCAACUGGAGGCAGUGAAGUGAUGUUUCGGGAAGCAAGGCGCUCAAAGGAGGACCCGAAAGUAGUAGCUGAGCAGUAUAGGAAGCAGUAUUUCAAGUUAAAGAAGAGAUUGCAAGUACUUACACUGGGUAUAGGAGGUGUUGGAUUAGUUUCAGCUUAUGUUUCAUAUUCCCCUGAAAUUGCAGCGAGCUAUGGUGUUGGGUUCCUUGGUUCUCUGGCUUACAUGCGUAUGCUAGGGACUAGUGUGGAUUCCAUGGCAGAUGGAGCAAGAGGACUUCUCAAGGGAGCAAUUGGUCAACCAAGGCUAUUGGUUCCUGUUGUAUUAGUCAUGAUAUUUAACAGGUGGAAUGGGAUCGUUGUUCCACAAUAUGGAUUCAUGCACCUGGAAUUGAUACCAAUGUUGGUGGGAUUCUUCACGUAUAAAAUUGCUACUUUUAUUCAAGCUAUAGAGGAAGCAAUUCCUCAAGUUGAGAAAAUAGAUACAAGUUCAUGAUAAACCUUAACAUAUACGUCAGCAGAAUAUUCCAGUAAUGGUUAUGAUGCAGCUUGCAAAGAUUACAGGUAAUGGUUGCAGUUGUGACAUGCUGCUUGGAAAGGAAGAGGUGUAUAUGUAGUCUAGUGAAUAAGUCUUAGCUGGUACCAAAGUGGAAGAAUCACUAAUCAGCCUACAAUUCAAGAUCUGAGAAUUUGCAUCAAAAAUUCUAAAAUGGGGAGAAAUCAACUUGCCAUGUUGACGCUCAUUGUCGAAGGCAUGGAAGAAGCAAGAGGAGGUGAUGUUGAGUGAUCACCAAGCACAUGUAGACAUGGAGAAGGGUCAUCCAAUUGCAUUCCGUUGUGAAACAUUGGCUUAAAGACAUUUGGCCUUCUGUAUGUGACAAGGAAAUGGUUGUAGUAUUGGUUGUUAAACAUUGGAGGUUUUGCCAGUCCACCGGACUAUUCAGCAAGUUUUUGGAACAAAAGGUUACCACUUCAGCUCAACAGAA